UGAGGAUGAAAGUGGCACAGCUCACUUGGCUGCUCCUAAUGCUCCUUCCUUGCCACCACCUUUUUUUCCCUAUUGCAUGCGCUGCAAACCAGAUUGAUAACCUUAACAAGUUGAUUAAGUCCCGGAGAUCAGAAAAUCCUCCGCUUGCACAAUCUUGGACUGAACAAGCUGUCGGAGAUGAACAUUAUUCUUCGGUGUACAUUGGACCUCAAGAUGGGUUGAGGGCAGCUGACAAGAUUGAUGCUCUGCCGGGGCAGCCUGGAGGAGUGGAUUUUGAUCAGUAUGCAGGCUAUGUAACUGUGGAUCCAAAAGCAGGAAGAGAACUGUUCUAUUACUUUGUGGAGUCACCUCAGAAAUCGUCCAGCAAACCUCUAGUCCUAUGGCUCAAUGGAGGACCAGGAUGCUCAUCGCUUGGCUAUGGAGCAAUGCAAGAAUUGGGACCCUUUAGAGUCAAAAGUGAUGGAAAGACACUCUUCAGAAAUGACUAUGCAUGGAACAAUGUGGCAAAUGUGCUAUUCCUGGAAUCCCCUGCCGGAGUCGGGUUUUCGUAUUCGAAUACAUCUGACGACUAUGACAACGCUGGCGACAAGAGCACUGCCGAUGACUCUCAUACAUUUCUAUUAAACUGGCUUGAAAGGUUCCCACAAUACAAAACCAGAGAUUUCUUCAUAACCGGAGAGAGCUAUGCCGGUCACUAUGUGCCUCAGCUUGCUUACACCAUCCUGUCAAGGAACAAGAACACAAACCAAACAAAAAUUAAUCUAAAGGGCAUUGCAGUAAGUCCAUUAUCAAUUAUCCUCCCAGUCUCUGAAGUAGAAGACUAA